AGCAGGACGUCUGCAGCAGCUGUCCACUGGCAUUUCAGCCGUGUCAUCACAGUAGUGAGAGGGGGGAUCAGUGAGACUGAGGGGGCUGCCUUCAGUCUACUUUUGUGGGUUCACUCUCGCUGUCCUUGGCCCCAGCCCUCCACGCCUUACUACUCUCCCUGACUCUGCCCAAGUCUAGGCCCACGGCCCCACCAUGGCCGACCAGUACCAGUACAACACCAACGAGGAGAAGAUUGUGAAGGACAGACACACCAAGGAGAUCGAUCUGAUCAACAGAGACCCCAAAUCGAUCAAUGAGGAUGUGAUCAAGGUGGAGUUUGAGGAUGUAAUCGCAGAGCCCGACGGCACACACAGUCUGGAUGGGGUGUGGAAGCUCAGCUACACCACCUUCACCGUGUCCAAGUACUGGUGCUACCGCAUCCUCUCAGCCAUCUUCGGCAUCCCUUUGGCUCUGCUCUGGGGCUUCCUCUUCGCCUGCAUCUCRUUCUGUCAYAUYUGGGCYGUGGURCCCUGYAUCAAGAGCUGCCUGAUYGAGUCMCAGUGCAUCAGUCGYAUCUACUCCCUCUGCAUCCAGACCUUCUGUGACCCCUUCUUUGAAGCCCUGGGCAAGAUCUUCAGCAGUGUGAAAGUGGCCCUGCGCAAAGAGGUCUAGACACUCACACCACCGCAGUGUUUACACGUGUUUGGAUGAAACGCUACACCCUUUUUAUCCGCCAGACCAGACGACCAGUCCUGGUGUCCUCAUAUUUCCCAAGACACCCCCCCCGCUACCCUUACCCAGCCCAAAGCCCAAGGCCUCGCCAGUCUCAGCCCUUUGAGUCCUGACAUGCUCACAGCGACCAGUGCCACAAGAGGCUCUGUGACAGCUGCAGCAUGGUUGGGUGACAGCUCUGGCUCUGUUGGAAGGCAGAGAGCUGUCUGUUCAUUGAGGGAAUAUAGGGAUGGCAGCCAUGGCAUGGGCAGGACUUGUGUCCCAGAGUGAAUGUAUUUUGCGAUGCUGAGGAAAAUGGCUCCUCGGUCACAUGACAUAAACACCCCAGUGACACUAACGGCAUUGCAGCACCCGUAGGACAAUAUACAAUCUCUACUAUAUUGGCCAAUUCUGAAUCGAUAUACUAUAUUAAACAGUCAUGUGUGUGUGUGUGUGUGUGUGUGUGUGUGUGUGUGUGUGUGUGUGUGUGUGUGUGUGUGUGUGUGUGUGUGUGUGUGUGUGUGUGUGUGUGUGUGUGUGUGUGUGUGUGUGUUGUUCCUAAUGGUAAACUAGUCGAUGUAGUGCAAUGGAAAAGAUAAUUGUAGUGCUUGAACAAGAUUAUAUCAUGUUUUACAAAAUUAAUAAGAUGCAGUUUCUUUACUGAAUCAUUUUGAUUAAACACAUCCUAAAUUGUCAA